AAAGGCUGUGAGGCACAUUGUGCAGACGACCAGUUCCGGUGUCACAACAACCUCUGCAUCUCACUUAAAUGGGUUUGUGACGGUCAAGAAGACUGCAAGAUGGGAGAAGAUGAAAAGGGUUGUCAAGAAACAGUUGUCCCUUCUUGCUCUGUGAAUGAGUAUGUGUGUGCCAGCGGAGGCUGUGUGUCAGCCAGCCUGCGGUGUGACGGACAUGACAACUGCCUGGACGGUUCAGAUGAGGUGGGCUGUGUGAAGGAGUGCAGAGAGGACGAGUUCCUGUGUCUGAAUCGUGCUCACUGUAUCCCCAGGCGCUGGCGCUGUGACGAUGUGUUAGACUGCAUGGAUCACAGCGAUGAAGAGAACUGCAACCAUGGAGCAUUUUUCUGCCGGGCUGAUGAAUUCAUUUGUAACAACACCUUGUGCAAACUCCACACAUGGGUGUGUGAUGGCAAGGACGAUUGUGGCGAUAACUCUGACGAAGACAUAGACAUGUGUGUUAAGCUUCCUUGCCCUCCUACAAGGCCCUUCCGCUGUAGAAAUGACCAUGUGUGUCUGCGCACGGACCAAGUCUGUAACAAAUUGAAUGACUGUGGUGACAACUCAGAUGAAGAGGAGUGUGGUGAGUACAGAGAGCACGGGGAGCACAGAGCUGAUGCUGCUCUAAGCA